UGCUUCCGGUAGCUGUCCAGGACUUCUCAUCCGCGGUCCUGCGAGGUGGGGCUGCCCUGGGGAGGUUGAUUUUCUAUGGGGCAGUGAGACCAAAGAUAACUUUUAUCAGAAAGGAUGGAGUUGGGAAAAGGAAAACUGCUGAGGACUGGACUGAAUGUGUUGUAUCAAGCAAUACACCCAAGCCAUGGCCUUGCCUGGACGGACGGGAAUCAAGUAUUUCUUACUGAUUUACAGCUUCAGAAUGGAGAGGCCAAGUUUGGGAACUCCAGAGUCAUUGGACAAUUUGAACAUGUCUGUGGACUCUCUUGGGCCCAGUCAGCCAUGGCUGACAUGCCCACUCUGCUCGCUGUCCAGCACAAAAAGCAUGUCACUGUCUGGCAGCUGUGUCCCAGUACUGUGGAGUCGAGCAAAUGGCUGGUGUCUCAGACCUCUGAGAUUAGAGAAUCACUUCCUCUCCUUCCCCAGGGCUGUGUGUGGCACCCAAAAGAUGCUGUCCUGACUGUGUCGACUACACAGAAUGUCUCUCUUUUCCCUAAUGUUCACUGUGAUAGUUCCCGGAUAAAAGUGGACAUCAACACUUGGGAUCGCAUUCACUGUGCAUGUUGGACCCAGGAUGGCCAGAGGCUAGUGGUGGCAGUAGGCAGCAGGCUUCAUUCUUAUAUUUGGGACAGUCCUCAGAAGACUCUGCACAAGUGCUCCUUCUGCCCAGUGUUUGAUGUGGACAGCUACAUCUGUUCCAUGAGAGCCACUGUGGAUUCACAGGUUGCUAUAGCUACUGAGCUUCCACUAGAUAAGAUUUGUAGCUUAAAUGCAUCAGAAACCUUUGAUGUUCCACUUAAUGGUGAAGAUACUCAUCCUCCUACUUUUCCAGUUAUUGGUGAAAUGCCUUUUGUGGAUAAGGGGGCAAUUGCUUCUGAAUCAAAUUCUGAAAUAACAGAUUCUCCUUCCUUUUCAGAACUUCUGGAUCUAACUCAUAUACAUUUCAACCAAGCUAGGUGUGAGAGGAGUUCUCUUGUUUGCUUAAGAAAAAAGGACUACUUGACAGGAACUGGCCAGGAUUCUUCACAUUUGAUCCUUUUGACCUUAAAAGAAGGAGUUACCAUGACCAGAAAAGUCACCAUUCCAGGCAUUUUGGUUCCUGAUCUAAUAGCAUUUAAUCUUAAAGCACAGGUAGUGGCAGUGGCUUCCAAUACUUGUAAUACAAUUUUGAUCUACUCUGUCAUUCCAUCUUCUAUGCCAAACAUUCAGCAGAUUCAUUUAGAGAGUAAUGAAAGACCAAAAGGCAUAUGUUUUUUGGCAGACAAAUUAUUAAUUUUGGUGGGAACACAGAAGUCUACUGAUUCAGCAUUUCUUCCUUCUUCAGCGUCUGAUCAGUAUGUCCUUCGUCUGAUUGUUAGAGAAAUAUUGUUGAAAGAAGAAUCUUCAGCCACCUCUAACAAGAGCCAGAGUGCUGCUUCUGCUUGUAGGGCUCUGUUAAAUAAAACAAACACAAAAAUGUUGAUCAAAAGUCUUUUCCCAGAAUUUUGCCACCAAAACAGAGGGCUCUUGUUAACAGUUAAUACCAGUAGUCAGAGUAGAAGGCCUGGAAGGCCCCUUAUUAAAGAACUCAAAAGCCCCCCAUCCAGUGUCACUGAUGAGUCCAUUGCCCUGGAAACCUCCUCAAGGCCCAGCAGCUCACCAGACCACACCAGCUCGCCAGAACCUCCUGAUUUGUUUCCAAAAGAGAACUUACAAAAGGAAAAGGAAACUUACCAGCUGUCUAAGGAGCUGCGAAGUUUAUCUAGGAACCUGACUGAAAUGCAACAGUGUCUUUCCAACCUCAUGGAUUUUGUACAUAAUGGGAAGAAAUUUUCUCCAGUGUAUCCACUUUCUAAGGAUCCCCCUUAUGUUCACAUCAUUUACCAGAAACCUUGCUAUGUAGGUCCUGUUGAAAGAAGAGCAGUGCUUCUCUGCAAUGGCAAGCUGAGGCUCAGUACGGUUCGGCAGACGUUUGGCCUCUCUCUAGUUGAAAUGCUGCAUGAUUCCCACUGGAUUCUUCUCUCUGCUGAUAGUGAAGGCUUCAUCCCGUUAACUUUCACUGCCACCCAGGUAAUCAUCGUGAGAGAUGGCGUCCUGUCCAGGUCAGAUGUCUCCAGUGACUGUCUUUCUCACAGUUAGGAUCCUCUUCCUUCCUCUGAAGUCUUUGGAGACCUUACUGCUCAGGGUUUAGAAACUACUGGCAGUUCUAACCACUUAGACAGCAUGGCCUGAUAUCUGUUUGCACAGUAUUUGCUGUAUAGCUUUUCAAAUGAGAUCAUGACAAGCAAGGUCUAUUUUGCACUGGGACUCUCACUGGUGAGAUUCGUACUGUCACUCAGGUGAGGCAUUGCAAUGACUGGCUCUGCUAUCUUUCUGGCUUUUUCCUCCAGGCUGAAGUGUUCUGCUUGGUAGCAGAGCUUAGUCUUUGUUUGAAGGCUCAGAAAGUGGUUGCUUAUGUAUUCAUGACUGUGGUUUUGUCUAAGGACAGAAUUCCCAGAACAGAACAAUACUAUGGUGCCAUGUGGAUUGUUUUGGUUCAUCUGAGGCUUUGUGUUCCUUGCCUAAAGGAGUAUUAAAGCUGUCUUAGGAGCACUUACACGAUACUCAGCACUGUUACAGUCUUUUUCUUGGUUUAAAGAUGAGGGUAAGGAGUGCUGCUGGAGAGCAUAUGCUCCAGUGUAUCCUUUGUAACCUAACCCAGAAGGAAUCAGCAGAGAGUAAAGGAAGCCAGAAAACUGGUUUCUGCUCCCAGGCGGCCUGCAGCAGGAGGUCAUUCUGGCGUUGGCCUUACCUUCUGGGAUUUAAACCUAAUCCUCUUGCUGCCCUAAACAAUUUUGGCUGGCAAAGGCCCAGAUACUACUAAAAACUGACCGUAGGCAAACUUUGAAUGGAAUUUUAAGCAAUUUGACUCCUUCAGGGUCCUCCUGAACUUGUACUGAUGCUACUGGUACAGUGCCAAGCACAGGCAAGGCCUCACACUUGUCACCAUUCGUGUAUGUGGGUGUGUGUCUGUGUGGUUCUCGGGUCCAAAGCCAGGGCCUGAACUUGCUAGGCAAAUCAUGUGCCACCGAGCCACACCCCAGCCCAACUUGACACUUUAAUUUUGAUAUUUUUCUUUUUUUUCCUUUAAAGUCUUAGAGAUCAGUCUAGAAUCUAUCAAAGUAUUCCGGAAAGUUGAAAAUUUCACUGAGAAUCAGAUUGUUCUAAAAAGUACCAGUUCAUUAGACUUAUGGGUAACUAGCAACUUAGUAUAGCGCCCGAAUUCCUGCAGAUGGUUAUACCACUUCUCACUCCCUUCAAACAAAAUCACAAAUUGCAGUCACUUCAGUAUCGCACAUUGAUCAGGGUGUGGUUAGACAGAGCACAUCUGCAGAUAAGUUGUUUCAGCUAGAGAUACUUCAUUAGCACGUACACAUUUCCCCUCCUUUCCUUUAAAAUGAUCUAGAAAGAAAAUAUUUUGUACCCUUGGGGACUCCUUUCUGUCUGUUACCAUUUAUUUAGAUGGAGCUGGGCUAGGAAAGAAGCAAGGGUCCAUUUGUGGUUCACAUGCAUUAGACAGCUGCUGGGAUAAUGGAAGGAGAGGCCACUUGUCUGUAAUCAGUGGCCUGAGAGUGGUAUCUGACGACAGACUUGAGGCCUGGCUCCAUUUGCAAAGGAAGUGUCUGGGGUAUGAUGAAAUCACAACUAUUAGGAAGUCUAAGGAGGGAGACUAAGGAAUCCCUUGAAUAAGAUCAAUGUGAAUGCCUCAAGUUAUAAUUGCCUUUUCUUGGCAAAAUCCUAUGAGCCUUCAAUAAAGUCACUAAUAGUGGUUGUGGCUGUUUUAAAUGUUUGAGUGGUAUUUUCUUUGCAGUUUUUAGUAGUAUAGAGAAAUGUUCCUGAUUUUACAUAUGUGUAUGUUGUUUUUGUGUUUCUGCUUCUUGUGAAUAUAGUCCAGAAUGUAAAUUAUAUCUUCAUAACAUCUGAAUCCAUGACAACUCUUAUACAAAAGAUGUUUCCUUGGCCUCUGCUAUUAGUGUAGUCAUUGGAACAAUAGAAGGCAACCCAGUAUUUGCUGACUCUGAAGUUAGGGAAAAAAGAACUAAAUCCUUUAAGUUGUUGAAUCUUAGAUUGAAAAUAUUUUGUAAGAAAAAUGGAAUUUACAAAUCACAUUUUAUACCCAAAUUUUUUCAAUUUUUGAAUGGGUAUUAUUUGAUACUUGCAAUUAUGUACAAGGGUAGCUUAAUAAUAAAACUGUUCACCACCUAAUUUAAGAACCAGAACAUUACCA